CGGCUGGCAGAAAUUGAAAAAUCGAAAAAUAAUUUUUUCCUUGUUUAAUUGCUUUUCUUGGUCUUUUAUCCCGCGAGAUAACUGAAAAUCAUGUGAUAACUGAUGGCUGCCAAAUACUCCAAGCUGGCGCAGGACGAUAAAGACUUUGUCACGGUGGACUUUGGCUCUGCAUUUUCAUAUGGGUCCACCACUGACUAUAGUAAGACCACAGACUAUAGUAAGACCACAGACUAUGGCUUCUCCGGUCAAAAUCAUCGUCAAGGUGGCAAAUACAACUCUGCCUUUACAUAUACAAGAUCUCAUAAAGAAGACUUAGAGGAAACCGUUGAACAAGAAUGCAUUCACAGAUAUUGUUUCCACGUCAUAGUAAUCGUUUGUCAAAUUCUGAUUCUCGUUACUUUCCCAAUAUCUGGAUGGUUUGCAAUAAAGAAAGUGAAAACUGAUGAGAGGUACAUUAUAUUCAGACUGGGGCGCUUAAUUGGCAGCAAAGGACCUGGGUACAUUUUUGUCAUUCCUGUCGUUGAUUCAUUCAGUAAAGUGGAAGUCAAGUCGAAGUUGUUCAAUGUGCCUCCGCAGAUAGUUCAUACAGAAGAUGGGGCCAUAGUUGAAUUAGGGGCUGAAAUAUACUUCCACGUUGAGGAUGUCAUCAAAUCAGUCACAUGUGUACGAGAUCUACAACAUGCUACGCGAAUGAUCGCAAAAACCACAAUAGCACGUCAACUCCAAAAAUGUGAAUUAGAUGACGUAGAAUCUCAUAAAAGUAACCUGAACCUCUCUCUGCAAGUUGAGAUGAAUGAAAUGACCAAAAGAUGGGGAGUGGCUCUUGAAAGGGUAACUUUAUCUGAUGUUAAAGUUCUUCAAAAACCGCAGGAGAAUAAUUUUGUAAAGGAUUUGUUCGGUGGACCUCAAGCUGCCCAGAAUGCACAGGGGCUCAUGGCGACAUUAUUUUCUGGCGUCAACCCCCCAGCACCAGCUAACUUAGCAUCUCCAGGAACUAGUCAACCAAAUGGUGGAGCCUCUACAAGUGGAGUCUCGGACCCCUCGGCACCAUCACAAGUCAUGAACCCAAGGAUGUUAGUGAGGAUAAUAAAUUCAUCUCUUACAGAGGGUCUUGUUCGAAAUAUAGGAGCCACAUACUGUUUUGAAGUCAGUGGAAAAGAUGGUGGCUUGUUUUAUCUAGAUCUUAAAACAGGAAGUGGAUCUGCUGGAGAGGGAGUGCCACCUUUUGGCAAAGCAGACGCAACAUUGACAUUAGACUCGGAAGACUUGGAGCUUAUGUUUAGAGGACAAUUAAAGCCGUUCCAGGCAUACAUGAGUGGACGCCUGAGAGUUUCCGGUGAUCUGAGUGCAGCUAUGCAGCUUGAGGAGCUUGUAACGAUGAUAGUAGGACAGAAUAGCCAGAGAACUUAAUUUAUGUUCUGUAACAACCCUGAAUUGCAAGUUGCUACUACAGCUCAGGUGUGGUGGAUUAUGCCCCCUGGCUCAGUGGUAGAACAUCAGAAUUUGAACCAGAAGAUCCAGAGUUCAAUUUCCACAUGGGGCCUUGAAUUUAGGACACUCUUUUAUGUCUUAUCUGGCUUGUUAC